AUGUUAGAUAACCGUCGAUUUUUCAGAGACCGAAAGAAACGAAUUGCAGCUCGAACUCAAAAACUUCAUCAAACACUACCAAUCAAUAUCGAGGAACUUAUUGAAACGCGAGUUAGGAAAUUUCGGGACAACAGUUUUAUAUUUCUAACCUAUGCUUUCCCACGGAGUAGUGAACGUUUCGGACCAUAUAAUUUCAUAGAAGUACCGUUCAGCAAAGUCGAUAAGCACGAAUACUUUACAGUUAGUCGACACGGAGUAACCUAUUGGAGCGAUGCAGAAAAUCAUUUUAGUCAUUUGAACGAUUGGCUCGCUGAUUACGAAAAGUACAAAACACUGUCCAAGCUUAAUUUCUUCCGGAAUUACCGACGAUCAAAAGCUUUCCGCACAUGGCGUCAAAACAUUAAAUGGGCAAAGUUUGAUGCCGCUAGAAAGACCCUGUCGGCAAGCUUAUUUUUUGCAAUGCCUAGACUGGCAAAGUCCUUGUUAUAUAUGCGAGAACAGUACAUGCAGUUGAUCAAUUUUAGAUUUUUCGACGUAUCCAUAACGGAGAACUGGCACUUGCCGUACUUCUUUGAAACACAGAUGAUCACGUAUGAGCAAGUCCGUGAUUUGCUUAUUCAGUUGAAUAAAAAGCUAAAGGAAGUCCUAUAUGAUGCUUGUUGCAGCACUCUUAUAGAUCGCGGGUAUUCUCCUCAAGAUGAGGCGAUAAAUUGUCCCAACAAGAAGAAAAUGAAGGAACUAAUGAGCUUUACCGAACGCGCCAAUAAGCGAAAAUUGUGCGCAUUACUGACCAGAUUUCUGGGAUAUGCCGAUCACAUGAUGAUAAAUUUAUUACAUCAAAUCCUUAGUGAAUCGUUUUGCAGCCUAUCUGGUGUAUUUAGGAGAUACGACUCCACGUCAUCGGACGAAAAGGCUGCUUUUAUGAACAUCGAAUUGUUGCUGAAACGAACGGGGAUUGAGGUUGAUCCAUCACGGGACAUAGCUGUUUCGUUUCUGGACAAAAUAUGCACUAUGGUAAUAGAAUCAGUGAGAGGCAUUGAAAGAUUCCAAAGCGACGCAUAUUUUAUUCUAUUUACUGAACCAAUUAUCAUGGGCCGCCAGGAAGAUCGCUUAUGUGCAGCCGCUCCUAGCUUUGAUUUUAUCAUAGACAGUGACAUUGCAUUAAUCGAGAAUAUAGAAUCCGUCAAUCUGUACAUUAACGCAGCAUACGAUGCAGUAGAUCAGUACAUAUUGCAGUUUGACAAAAUUCGUGAAAAUUACCAGCAGGCAUUAUUGAUGGAUCGAAAUUUAAUUAGAAAUGAAACCGACUUGGCCAAACUGACAGUUUUUUGUGAACGUUACAAUGCGGAAAUGGCAGAUCUGGAGAACAUACAAGAGUCUCAUAAAUUGGGUUUACUACAAAUCAAACAAGCUACUUUUCGGGAGGAGAUCAUUCCCGUCUGCCAAGAGCUGUUGACUGUACUCGAUGAAACAUUGCCAAAGCUGGCAAUGGAGAAAAUUAAUUUCGUCGAACAAAAGGGCGAGGAAAUUUCAACAAAACUGUUAAUUAUUCCUGAAGAAACGAACCAUUACAUUUAUUAUUUCAAUUUUCUCGAAAUAUGCCACGAGCACGUGGAAAAUUUGGAGAAAGAGCUAAACUAUGCAUAUGAAGCUUUGAAAAUAAUGAAAAUUUACAAUGUUCCAUUUAGUGAUGAAGAUAAGGAUAAAUAUUUAGAUAUGGAAGAACUGGUAGCUCAAAUAAAGGAUAUCAUGGUCAUGAAACGGGAUCAAAAGCAAGAACUAAUCAACAAGUUUAACCUCUGCCUUCAGACGGAUAUAGCGAAGAUUUUUUCCGAGGUCGAAGACAUCAGCGAACAGGUUCUUCAGGAAUGGCUACUGGAUAUCAAUUCCGAUCCCAUGCAGGUACGCGACUGCCUGAUAGAUCUUUCGGAACGUCUCACUUCAUGCCAACGGAAAGCUCAAGAGUACAAAAAAUACCAGAAAGAAUUCCGUCUCGAAGUUUCCAGAUUUGAUAAACUUGCUCUGGUAAUUAAUGAGGUUAAGUUGCGCCAAACUUUGUGGGACAGUGUGCAACAGUGGAAGGACAGCGUGGAGCUUUGGAACGAAAUAAAAUUUUUCGAGCUGAAUGUCGAAGAAGUGGAAGCAUUGAAUACCAAGGUUCUCAAAAACUGCGCCAUGCUUGAUAAGAACUUGCCGAAAAAUGAAAUUAUACCAAAGUUGAAGAUGGAAGCAGAGGAAUUUAAGGAAAAAAUUCCUGUGUUGUCAUAUCUGAGAAAUCCUGCUUUGAAAAAUCGGCACUGGAUUAAAAUAGAGCAAAUCCUGGACCGAAAGAUCACCGGCGAGGAGGACGUGUUUCUACACACGUUCGAAGAUGCGAACGCUUUUGAGGAGGAAAACGCAAGUGAGCUAAUGGAGGUAGCCAACAUGGCUAGUGCCGAAUCGGGUUUGGAAACGCUGCUUAGUAAGGUGGAAAAUGCGUGGAAAGAGUUGGAGUUGACUGUAGUGUCCCACAGAGAUGCGCGAGAUGUCUUUAUCCUAGCUGGUGUAGAUGAGAUUCAAACGAUUUUAGAUGAAUCGAGCAUAAAUGUUAGCACAAUAGCCGCAUCGCGACACGUGGGACCUAUUAAGGCUAAAGUUGAUGACUGGACAAGGCAGUUGGAUUUAUUUUCGCGUACUUUAGAUGAAUGGAUGAUUUGUCAGCAGUCGUGGAUUUAUUUGGAAGCAAUAUUUUCAGCACCUGACAUACAACGUCAACUUCCCCAUGAAACGCAGAUGUUUUUGCAAGUCGACAAGAGUUGGAAAGAUUUGAUGCGUCGUACGCAAAAGUCCCCUAUGGCUUUGAGUACUAUGACGGCUGACGGAGUGCUCGAACAGCUCCAGAUUAAUAACGUUUUGCUGGAAAAAGUAACCCGCUGCUUGGAGGCCUAUCUCGAGGUGAAACGAAUGGCUUUUCCCAGGUUCUAUUUCCUUUCGAACGAUGAAUUGUUGGAGAUCUUGGCGCAGACUAAAAAUCCCCAUGCUGUGCAGCCUCAUUUGCGAAAAUGUUUUGAUGCGAUUGCCAGCAUUGAGUUCGGAAAAAAGAAGACGGAAACAGGUGAAUCCGUAACGACGAACGAUAUCGUAGCGAUGAUGUCGCCGGAAGGGGAAAGAUUGACUUUUGGUGUAGGCCUGAAAGCACGAGGAGCCGUAGAAGAUUGGUUAUCCAAAGUGGAAGAAGCAAUGUUUUUGGCAGUCAAAAGAUACAUGCGCCUAGGCUAUCGUUGCUAUCCGGCGAAAGAUCGAUCGUUUUGGAUGCAAGAACAUCCCAAUCAGGUGGUGCUCACUGUAUCACAGCAGCAAUGGUGCUCCAAUGUGCAUUCGAUUUUAGAUGGCAAGGGGAAUGUAGAAAAAAAGAUGACAGCUUUCAAGGAAACACUUACAAAAAAUUUAGCUAUUUUAGCAUCGAUUGCUCGAACCAAUAUAUCGAAACUUGUUCGUAAGGUGCUGUGUGCCUUGAUUACUAUCGAUGUUCACGCCAAAGACUCAAUUUGCCAGCUUGUUGAAAAACAGAUUACAAAAUCAUCCGAUUUCGAGUGGUUGAAAAUGCUUCGAUACUAUUGGGUUAGUGAGAACGAUACCGUCGAAACAAAGAUGGCCUCGGCGAACUUACCCUAUUUUUAUGAAUAUCUAGGAGCAGGAGGAGUUUUGGUAAUUACGCCACUAACCGACCGUUGCUAUCUGUGCCUGAUGGGGGCCUUGCAAAUGGACUUGGGAGGAGCUCCAGCUGGUCCAGCAGGUACGGGAAAAACUGAGACGACUAAAGAUCUCGCGAAAGCACUUGCAAUACAGUGCGUUGUGUUUAACUGUUCGGAUGGAUUGGAUUAUAAGAUGAUGGGAAGGUUUUUUACCGGAUUGGCUCAGUCGGGUGCAUGGUGCUGUUUUGAUGAGUUCAAUCGAAUUGACAUUGAAGUUUUGUCUGUGAUUGCGCAGCAAUUAAUCACAAUCAGAAAUGCAAAGGCUAUGAAGAUGAAACGUUUUAUCUUUGAAGGACGAGAAAUCAAACUUAAACCAUCAUGUGCAGCGUUUAUCACCAUGAAUCCAGGGUAUGCGGGCAGAACAGAGCUACCGGACAAUUUGAAAGCAUUAUUUCGUCCCAUAUCCAUGAUGGUGCCUGACUAUGCUUUGAUCGCUGAAGUAAUUCUGUAUUCUGAGGGAUUUGAAGCAUCGAAAGUGCUGGCUAAGAAGAUGGUUCAAAUGUAUAAACUAUGUAGUGAGCAACUGAGUCAACAAGAUCAUUAUGAUUUCGGGAUGCGAGCAGUGAAAAGUGUUCUUGUGAUGGCCGGAGCCUUGAAACGUGCUUCUCCCGAUCAAUCGGAAGACAUUACACUGAUUUGUGCUUUGCGGGACUCAAAUCUUCCAAAGUUUCUGGCUAAUGAUGCUAUUCUUUUCAAUGGAAUUUUGGGAGAUUUAUUCCCAGGGAUCGAUCUACCUGAGCCUGAAAGAGGCGAUCUUCAAGCGGCGAUUGAGGCUUGUAUGCAGCAAAAUAAUUUGCAACCUGUCCCAGAACUUGUGCUUAAAGCUCUUCAACUGUACGAAACAAUGGUAGUGCGCUGGGGUGUCAUGUUGGUUGGCCCUACCGGUAGUGGUAAAACUAGUACAUUGCAUUCACUUGCUUGUGCACUACAGAAAUUGUACAGUGAUUUUGUAGAAGGGCCAUACUACAAACCGGUGAAUAUACAAACGUUAAACCCGAAAGCUAUCACUAUGGACGAAUUGUACGGUUUCGUAAAUCUGGCCACAAUGGAAUGGAAAGAUGGACUGCUGGGACUCGCUAUUCGUUCUGCAGUGAACGUUUUGGAAGAAGAACACCAGUGGGUAGUUUGUGAUGGACCAGUAGACGCGGUAUGGAUUGAAAAUCUGAACACGGUGUUGGAUGAUAACAAAAUGCUAUGUUUAGCCAACUCGGAGCGUAUCAAACUUACAAGUUGGGUGCAUAUGGUGUUUGAAGUUCAAGACUUAGCCCAAGCGUCGCCCGCUACCGUGUCCCGUUGUGGUAUGGUAUACUUGGAUCCGCUUCAUCUGGGCUGGUCACCUUUGAUUGUGUCAUGGUUGGAGACUGUCGAAGAGCAUCAUUUAGAUUUGGACUUAAAGGAGCACGUUUUGCUGCUUUUCAGGCGGUACUACGAUGAAAUGGUGAAGUACAUCAACCGGAAAUGUCGAUGGAAUAUUCAUCAAGUGAACAUAAGUAAACUCACAAUGAUGACACAGUUAUUCCUCUUACUGUUGAAGCAGACACAGAAUAUAAAUCUUAUGGAGCGAGGUGACGCUAAAAAUUACAUAUUUAAAUUAUUCACCUGGUGCACGUUGUGGUCCUUUGCCGGCAAUCUACUGGAUGAAUCAAAGAUAGGCUUUGAAAAAUUUCUUCGAAGUUUGUUUGACCAGGAUGAAACAGCAUUAUUACCCGAAGGAUCGCUCUGGGAUUAUAGAGUUAACACAUCGGCGAAAAUUUGGGAGAACUGGAUUGCGAUUCAUACUCAGUUUGAUUACAAUCCUAACAUUGCAUAUUUCGACCUGUUGGUUCCAACCCUGGAUACUACAAAGUAUGGUUUCGUAACAGAAAUGCUAUUUCGAAGCCAAUACCCUGUUCUUUUCACCGGAGACACAGGCGUAGGAAAAUCUGUACUGGCUAGAGAUAUUUUGAACAAAUUGAUGAAGGAAAGUGUAAUACCGAUUUUUGUGAAUUUCUCAGCUCAAACCGAGAGCGCUCGUACGCAGGAAAUAAUAGAAUCAAGACUUGAACGGCGCAAAAAGACCCUUUUGGGUGCUCCAAUUAACAAAAGAAUCAUCAUUUUCAUAGACGACGUAAACAUGCCAAAACUAGAUGUUUACGGUAGCCAACCACCAAUAGAACUACUGCGUCAGUUUUUGGAUUUCCGCGGCUUAUACGAUCGUGAAAAAAUGUACUGGAAAAGUAUUGUAGACGUCACUUUGGGUGCAGCGUGUGCACCCCCGGGAGGUGGCCGAAACACAUUGACGCCACGAUUCAUUCGCCAUUUUGCUCUGUUUUCAUUACCAACACCCAACAGCGAUACCAUGAAAACGAUUUUCAAAGCAAUCCUGUCCGGGUUUCUGCUCGAUUUUAGCAUGGCACUUCGACCACUGGCAGAGCCAAUUAUAGAAGCUGCUGUCUCGGUUUAUGAAAGAAUCUCGGAAGAGUUACUGCCCACUCCGAAAAAGUCACAUUACGUGUUUAACUUGCGCGACCUUUCGAAAUGUAUACAAGGCGUACUUCAAGCCGAUCCGUCCUCCUAUGUUAAUCCCGUACAGAUACUUCGACUGUUCUACCACGAGUCCAUGAGAAUCUUCUACGAUCGUUUGGUGAGCGAGCAAGAUAAGUCUUAUUUUACACAGCUAUUGCAGGAUUGCUGUGAAAAAUAUUUUGAAACUACGGUUGUACUGCCGGGUGAGAGCGUGCUUUUUGGUGAUUUCAUGAUAUUUGGUCAAGCAUCGGAAGACCGUAUUUACGAGGAAAUUAAAGAUUCGAAAAAACUGAAAAACAUUCUCAUUGACUAUUUAGAGGAUUAUAAUUCGACGGGAGGAAAGGAGAUGAAUUUGGUGUUCUUUGUUGACGCAAUCGAACACCUUGUCAGACUGGCUCGAUUACUUAGAUCGGAGCGUGGAAAUGGUCUGCUGGUUGGAGUUUCCGGCAUGGGAAAACAGAGUUUAUCAAGAUUAGCCGCACACAUGAAUGGAUACCAGUGCAAUCAGAUAGCACUUCGUCGAGGAUAUGAUCAUGCUUGCUUUCAUGAAGACCUGAGAAAAAUUUACUGGAUUGCAGGAGUAUUGAACAAGCCAAUCGUAUUUCUCAUAACCGACACGCAGAUUGUGCGAGAAGAGUUCAUGGAAGAUAUAAAUAACAUCUUGAAUUCUGGGGAAGUUCCGAAUUUGUUCGAAGGUGAUGAAUACGAAAAGAUAAUUUUAAAUACUAGACAGCCCUGCAUUGAGAGUGGCUUUCCCAACACGACGAGAGAUGGAAUAUUUGAAUUUUUCACCAAACGUGUUCGAGCGAAUCUGCAUGUGAUAAUUUGUAUGAGCCCCGUUGGAGACACAUUUAGACGUCGGUGCAGGAUGUUCCCCUCUUUAGUAAACUGCUGUACAAUUGAUUGGUUUGUAAAGUGGCCCGCCGAAGCGCUACUGACAGUAGCUGUUGGUUAUUUGAAAGAUGUUGCAGAAAAUGAUGUUCAAGGCAAACAUCUCGCCCAGGUUUGUGUUAUGAUGCACGAAAGCGUUGAGAAUAUGUCGGAAAAAUUCUACAGAGAAAUGCGUCGGUAUUACUAUACUACACCAAGUAGUUAUUUGCAGUUGCUUAAUCAGUACCGUGUACUGGUCCACAAACGCAUAGACAUAAUAAUCCAGAAGAAGGACAGAAUUGCUAAUGGGUUGAGCAAAAUUCUCGAAACAAACCAGGUGGUGGCUGAAAUGGGAGAAGAACUGAAGCAAUUCGUACCAAUUUUGGAGGAAAAAUCCAGAAACAUGAAAGAUCUAUUGACUAAAUUGGACAAGGAUAACACAAUCGCGGAGGGGGUCAAACGAAGUGUGGCCAAAGACGAAGCGGAGGCCAAAAUUAAAGCUGCCGAAACUCAGGAAAUUGCCGAUGAAGCUGCGAAAGAUUUAGAAAUUGUCAUGCCUACACUGAAAGCCGCACAAGAUGCUCUGAAGGCGCUGAACAAGAAUGACAUAAACGAGUUGCGCGUGUUCCAGAAACCACCAAAACUGGUGCAGUUUGUAAUGGAGGCGGUACUGAUUUUACUAGGAGCUAAAACGGACUGGAACAGUGCAAAAGUUGUUAUGGCGGAUGUGAACUUUUUAAAACGACUGGAAGAAUAUGACAAAGAGCAUAUACCCGAAUCAAUCCUUAAGAAGCUAAAAACUUACAUAGAGCAUAAAGAUUUCCAGCCACCGAUCAUAGAAAAGGUGUCCAAAGUAGCCAAGUCGAUGUGCCUGUGGGUAAUAGCAGUAGAAAGGUUCGCCAAAGUCUAUAAAGUGGUUGAGCCGAAAAUUCAGAAACAAAAAGCCGCCGAAGAGGAACUGAAUCAAGUGAUGCAACUUUUGAAAUCGAAACAAAAUGAGCUCGCCGAAAUCGAAGCGAAAAUUUUAAUGUUGAUGGCUAAUUUGGACGAAAAGAAACGCGAGAUGAAGGUACUCCAGGAUCACAAUGACUUGACUACGACGCGCUUAAACCGAGCAGGCCGGCUGACUUCAGCUUUGGCGGAUGAGGAAAUCCGUUGGCGAGAUACGGUACAGGAACUAACAGCUGAACAAUUCGCGGUACCCGGAGAUGUCCUUGUAGCUUCUGCGUAUGUUGCGUAUUUGGGUGCUUUUCCAAUGGAUUACCGGCGAGAAAUUUCAAAAAGCUGGGUAGAAGAGUGCAGAAAUUUGAACAUCCCGAGCAGCGACCGGUUCAAUCUGAUUAAAAUUUUGGGUGAUUCGUAUCAGAUCAGGCAAUGGAACAUGUUCGGUCUGCCAAGGGACGAGAUCUCGGUAGAAAACGGAAUCAUAUCGACGCAAGGAGGCAGAUGGCCUCUGAUGAUCGAUCCCCAAGAACAAGCGAAUCGCUGGGUGCGCAACAUGGAAGCAGCAAACGAACUUAAAAUUAUAAAACUAACAGAUACUAAUAUGAUGCGAAUACUGGAAAUAUGCAUUAGACAAGGGAUACCCAUGCUCAUAGAAGACAUACAGGAAACCUUGGAUCCCGUUCUGGAAUCUGUUUUGCUAAAGCGGGUGUUCAUACAAAAUGGGAGGCCAAUGAUAAAACUGGGUGAUGUAGAUGUUGACUACGAUAGUAAUUUUAGAUUGUACAUGACAACGAAACUAGCGAACCCUCACUUUUUGCCUGAAAUCUGCAUUCAGGUUAGCUUGGUUAAUUUCCAGGUAUCGCGUGGCGGCUUGGAGGAUCAACUACUUGCUGAUAUAAUCAAGAUCGAACUUCCGGAGAUGGAAAAACAGCGCAGCGAUCUAAUCGUACGAAUUAAUGCCGACAAGCAGCAAUUGCUUCUUUUGGAAGAUAAAGUGUUGAAGCUGCUCUAUAGCUCCAAAGGUAACAUCCUCGAUGAUGAAGAACUGGUGGAUGCACUGAAUGAGUCCAAGGAAACUUCGAUUGUCAUAGCCGAUCGACUUGUUGAGACAGAAAAAACGGAACAAACAAUUGCCGCAACCAGAGAAAAAUAUCGCAUCCUAGCGUCACGUGGAGCUGUUCUGUAUUUUGUCGUGUCAUCUUUGGCUGACAUCGAUCCAAUGUACCAGUUUAGUUUGCGAUAUUUCUCACAUGUUUAUUGUUCCGUGAUUGCGAGGCCUCAUGUGAAAAUGGAUCUUCCGGAACGCUUGGCUAAUUUACUCAAUGAUAUCACAUUUACAGUAUUCGCGAAUAUUAGUCGCGGUUUACUGGAAAAGCACAAAACAAUCUACGGAUUUUUGGUGACAGUUGCCGUAAGCAAAGAGGAUAAAGAGUUUACUGAUGACCAAUUGCAUUUCAUUUUGAGAGGACCUCCCAAUCAGAACUUCUCAAUUGCAGAUAAACCCGGCUUUAUGUCAGAUAAGCAAUGGUUUAGCUGUAGAUAUUUAGAAGAGAGUUUCACAAAUUUCUCCGGUUUAUCCGGUUGUUUGAAUGAGUCUAUUGAAAUAGGCAUCCAGGAUUUCAAAGAAAACGUAUCUCCCGCACUGAAGCCGACGACUUCAUCUAAAGAUUGGAAUGCUUUACUCACUGGCGCGGAAAAGUUAAUGCUUAUUGCCGCAUUGAAAGAUGAAAGUUUAGUUAUUGCGAUUACCGAAUUAAUUCGGAUUAAACUGGGUAAACAGUAUACUGAGCCGCUCAAGAAUACAAGUUUGCCUUCUUUGUACGAGGAUAUAUCGCCCACGACUCCGCUUGUGUUUGUAUUAUCGCCUGGAUCUGAUCCAAUGACAGCACUGAUCAAGUUUGCGCAAGAGAAGGAAUUUGCGGAAAAACUGUUUUCAAUUUCUUUGGGUCAAGGACAAGGUCCAGCCGCAGAGGCGUUAAUCGACAACGGAACAAAGCAUGGCGAUUGGGUGUUUCUUCAAAAUUGCCAUCUUGCUACUUCGUGGAUGGAAUCUAUGGAAAAAAUCGUGACCAACAUUGCUAUGGGUUUGCAGGCAGUCCACGACGGAUUUCGUUUGUACUUAUCUUCGAUGCCCGUGAAAACAUUUCCAAUAAGUGUGCUACAAAAUUCAGUUAAAGUUACAAACGAACCACCGAAAGGGCUGCGUGCUAAUUUGGUUCGAUCACUGGAUGAUUUAGACAAGAGUGGAUUCGAGAUGCAUGCACUAGGACAACAGUGGAGAAACAUGGUGUUUGGUCUUUGUAUGUUUCACGGAAUAAUUUUAGAGCGCAGGAAAUUCGGUCCACUCGGCUGGAAUAUAACUUAUGAAUUCAAUGAAAGCGAUCGAGAGUGUGCAUUACGAACGCUAGAUAUCUAUUGCGAGCGAGAAAUAAAACUACCCAUUCCUUGGGAUGCUUUAGAGUACAUCAAUGGUGAAAUCACAUACGGUGGAAGAGUAACCGACAGCUGGGACCAGAGAUGUUUAAGGUCGAUUUUAAAAAUAUUUUCAUCCGAAGCUAUAUUAUCUGACGACUACCAGUAUAGCGAAAGUGGAUUGUACUAUUGUCCAAAAGGUCGAAGCUUGGACGAGUACAAAACUUAUGCCAACGAUUUAUCGAUCCAUGAUCCACCGGAGCUCUUCGGAAUGCAUCAAAAUGCGAACAUAAUUUUUAAUAGAAAUGAAACUAUGUUCUUUGUUAAUACGUUGCUGAGCGGUCUUAGCGGUGGCGACGCAUUGGGUGAAGCUGCUUUGGCAGCAAUGGACAAAUUGUGCUUGGACAAAAUUCAAAGCAUUAGGUCAGCAGUCGCUAGAAAUAUCAACAGUGAUAAUCCCUAUCCCGAUCUAAUGAAACGUGACAAUAAGAAUCGCAUUCCUUCGUUGACAACUGUGCUACUGCAAGAGAUAGAACGCUUUGAUAGGCUACUGCAAGUAAUUCACAGCAAUUUGAAUGACCUAGAGAAAGCCAUCCAAGGCUUCGUUGUUAUGUCAGAGAGCUUGGAAACAAUUUAUCGGGCAUUCACUAACAAUCAAGUUCCUCAGCUGUGGCAUAGCAAAGGAUUUCUAUCUACAAAGUCGCUCGGCAGCUGGAUUUUUGAUCUGCAGCAACGGAUUGACUACGUGCAGUCGUGGAUUGACGAUGGCCUGCCAAUUUCAUCAUGGAUCUGUGGGCUAUUUUUCCCCCAAUCGUUUUUAACUGGAACACUGCAGACGUAUUCAAGACAGAAUGAUAUACCCAUCGAUACGUUACGUUUCGAUUUUGAAAUAAUGGGGUGUGUUCUGAACCAACAAGUUGUUUACGAACGCAGAACUAGAGGACAAAAAGUGAGUAUUUGAAUUGAUCUCAAAGUUCCAGAUUAUGGAAUAUUAGUGCAUGGAUUGUUUGUUGAAGCAGGCCGAUGGGAUCCAAAAGAGGGAGGUUUGUGUGAUGCCCGUCUCGGGGAGCUCGUAUCAAGGCUCCCGGUAGUUUGGUUGAAACCAUGCGUACAGUUGGACGUCGGAAACCGUUAUGAAGCACCAUUAUACAAAACAAGUGUACGAGCGGGAGUAUUGUCCACCACCGGUCACUCGACAAAUUUUGUUCUAUCGAUUCUUUUGGAAACAAACAAAUCUUCUGAUUAUUGGAUUUUACAAGGGACCGCUUUAGUAACACUUAUUACAGAUUAA